AUGUUUUAUCAACAGUCAAAUGCGUCGACGACGCUUCCGAGAGACUUCCGCUUCCAUCACGAUGAAGGAAUCCCACAAACGCCAGAACCAACGACGAUGGCAGACGAACUACAAGCACCAUGUGCACCGCGUCCUGCUCGUUUGAGGGUGAAGAGGCGGAACAUUUCAAAUCUUCAAGCGCCGACGGAACAAUUUCUGGCUUCGGUUGCAGCUGCCGAUGUUCCUGUACCUACGAUUGAAGUGAAUCACUCUUCUUUACCUUCUCGAACAACUGCCGGUCCUUCAUCAUUACCGCAUGUGAAUAUUUUCGAGGAAGAUUCGGAAAUGCCAGACUCAAAAGCGAGCCCUAUCGGCAAUUCUUUCCUCCUAGCUCCACAUCAGCCUUAUGGCAGGAUGGGCCUCCCGCCACAGACUCCGGAGCCCGAAUCAGUAGCGGAACAGGAGUCUUCAAGACCUAGUUGGUCCAUGGGUGGUUCAUUAUUUACUUCAAACGAGGAUCAAUUUCCCCGACCAAAUUCAGCAAUGUCGACCGCUUCGGAAUGUUCAGAUGACUCAUUCUACAGCGGUGGUCCACGAUCACACCUCUCUCAGUCUGAGGAUGGAAGCUGUACGAGUCCAGACUCGGAUGUUGAUGACCCUUUUCAGUUUCCAUCAAUGUCGCCAUCGCUAUCAAAAGCCAGCUCUAAAUUUAAUUCUAUUCGCCUUAGCGCACCAGUGGAAUUUGCUCCUCUCAAUCAGAACUUGAAGAGCAAAACGAGAAAGAACGCGCCAUGGUCCAAAGCAAUGAGCGCUCAUCUUUGGUCCACUUACGUUCUGUACUUGCAGGAUCCGACAGUCACACCAUUCAGGGCUAACGGUGUUCCACCAGAGGGUGUUUGCCAUCGUGUCGCCCGAGAAGCGAAGAGAAGUUGGAAAGGGCCUCAAACCACCACUCAACGCUCCCACAUGAGAUCAGUGGCUCUAUCUGAGAUUUCAGAUAAAAGUGGCAGUCUUACACCAACCCCCGAAACUUCUACCAAACUCUAUGCACAAUGGCCACAUUCCAGUGGUGCAACUCGAAGUCAUCUUCGAGAGCUUUGCAGAAAGGAAACUACUGCGGUGCAACGGCAUCGUCAUUUCCAAUCUCGGAAUUCAACGCCGUUUACUAGAGCUAAAUCAUACGAUUCGCCUCGAGUUUCCGAGUCUGGUUCUGGUGCAUCGACGUUCAACACCAAGGAUAUUGCUCUUUCAUUAGCGACUAGCACAUCCUCGACGAUGCAACCGGAUGGACCAUUAGCUAGUCUUGCUCAGGAUGCAGGUCCGACGCCAAAUACCGAGCUUUCAUCUCGAUCCGUAUUUCGACCUUCGGUUAACGAACCUCCGGCCUCAAUUUUUGAUCUCGAUGACCCAAGGGUUCGUAGACUGUUAGGCUCCCCAUUUAUUAGAAGAACAUAUGGUCCAAGUUCUUCGCAACUUCACAGACGGCCAUCUCCUCCACGACAUCUCUCGGAUACUUCUGCGCCAAGACUUCGUUCGCCUCUUCGAUUCGAUCAGCCUAGGUCGUUGAAUAGUACGCAAAAGAGACGUGCUCAGUAUUCGUUAGAUGAUGAAGUCACUCCAGGCCCUGGGCCACGACCAAACAUUCUUGACCAGAAGCUUUUUGGAACACCUUUAGGUCAUUCUAGACGACGUGUAAGAUCGCGUGGUUUCAGUCUUGGUGAUGAAGCUUUUCGUCAGAAUCUUUCUGGAGUGUUUCGUCGGCCACCACCGGAGUUCGAUCUGGCCGGUAAACUUGGUCUAAAUCCAAACGAGACACGAACUCAUUCUCGAGGUCUCAGUCUCAACACCUCAUCCAACUCACCAUUUCUCCCACCCACCACCAUCGACCCUCCUCGUCUCGGCUCCCCAUUCACAGAGACCGGACCGAAUCAAACUUUCCCUCGAAGAUUGUUUCAGGAUUCCCAGUCCACGAUCCGACGAGGUGCGUUCGCGACGAUGCAUCAGAGUCGUCAUUCGAUCAACUCAUUCGAUUUCGGACCGAGUCAGCAGCAGAGUCGGCUUGAGCGGCUGGAUGAGAAACUCAAGGAGAUUCGGCAGAGGGAGGAUAGUAUGAGAUGA